CAGAAAACCGCGCCGUUGAGCGCUCUGAUUAUUUUUUGUCACAACCGGCUGAGAGGAAAACAGAAAAUUACAAACUCUCGUUGAGACAGAAGUCGAAAGAGAGCAGUUAUUGAUCUAUUGAGGGACGAGACUGUAUUGCCAUGAUGGCAAAGUAUUGUCGCCAAACUUGCGUGUGAGAUAGACACUCCCAAAGAGAUCCACAAGUCCGUCGCAUACUCGCUAUCGAGUUUAAAAUAAAAUAACAGGCCAAAUUCAUACUGAGUGAAUGUCGAUGUUGGUUACAGGUCUUAUGUGAUUUACGACACAUUCCUGUGUAAUUCAAAAUUAGAUAUAGACCAAUGCGAAAACAAAUGUUGCUGCAUCUCAUUUUUAUUGGAGCGCAACGGCGCGCGUAUGAAAAUAUGGGUAGGUAUUGCCAAUGCCUAGUGGACAAGUGACGCAUUGAAUAAAAGAGAACGUGAACGCGAGCAGGGACAGUUUUUUAUUAUAACAACCAAGACGAUGGUUUAGUCCUUCUACAAGCUCUCAUUUCUUAGAUAUUAGAAAAUAUAUUGUAUUACCAAACUUCAAGAUCCUUGUAUAAUUAUGGACGAAUAUAUGGAUGUAUAGCUACAAACUGGGCAGUCGUUCCUGUUGUAACGCAAUAUAUCUACGUAUAGUCUUACUUUUAAAAUCGGAAUUUAAACUCCGUGUACUCCUAAACAGACAUAAAGCACAUUAUUAAUAAAUGAGGAUUAAAAGUCGUCAUCUGAGGAAGUAUCACAUUCUUGCGCAUAUCCUUUGAGGAACGCUAACUUUUAAGUAGAUUCUCAAAUCUUUUCGUCCGGCGAUUAGGCGGCGGUCAAUUCUAACUGUAAUACCAGUCAGGCAGAAACCGUUCUUCUAGCUCAGAGUGACAGGCUUCGAAAUGAACCUAUAACAAUUCAGAAUUUUGCCUUAUUCAAAUGCUGGAAAUCCAUCAAACCACCGGAUUUUCAAACAGAGAAAUGUUUCAUAAGGACAUCGCAAGCCUGGGCGCGCUGCUUAUAUGCAGCUUACUUCUGACAGUUCAGUGAUAUUUAGUCAUAAGAAACACUCACACUUUUCAGUGGAAUGUAAUGAUGCUCAAAAUAUCGAAUGGGGAUGCUUUCCAACAAAUGACGUUUGGGCUUUCUGAAAACAGCAGCUCCUGGCCUGUUGAACAUCAGCAACGUCAUCAGUUACCUGUUCGCUGCCUGUAAUCUCGCUCCUCAUUGGUCAUUGUGGCAGUAAGACUCACUUCAACCAUGGAGAGCCUGUGCGAGCUGCAGAACCCACUCUUGGACAAGACCAAUAAGCACAUGGUCGGUGAUGACUAUGGUUACCAGGGCGACUUCCCAGCCAACCCGUGUCAGGAGAACAUUAUCAGCUACUUUGUGACUGGUGGGGGCGGCGGCCAGGCCAAGGCCCACCAGCUGCUGGAUGCCACAUCGCUGCACCUGGCUGUGGAGGCCUUCUAUAGGCCCAACUUCAUCCUGUGCAAGGACAGUGCCCUUGCCAAAAGCAAGGACUGCAAGGGGGAGAACUGCGAGACCACCUUCACGGAGGACAAGGAGGCAGAACCCGAAGCCCCCAGCACGGAGGACCCACAGGCCAAGCUUCUGGGGGAGAAGGAGGUGAAGAUCCAGACCGUUUCAUAUGAUGUGGAGGAGGAGGAGUACAUGGAGUAUGAGAGUGACUGUUCCAGCGACAGCGAGAGUGAGGAUAACUUCCUGAUGGUUCCACCGCGAGACCACCUCGGCCUGUCCAUCUUCUCCAUGCUCUGUUGCUUCUGGCCCCUGGGCAUCGCCGCGUUCUACUUCUCUCAGGGGACAAGUAAAGCCAUCACAAAAGGAGACUUCUCCCUGGCAAGCACCGCCUCCAAGAGGGCCCUGUUCUUGGCCGCCCUCUCCAUCACCAUCGGUACGGGGGUCUACGUGGGCGUGGUGGUUGCCCUCGUCGCCUACCUGUCCAAACCGGGGCACGUAUAGCGGCGGGGCGGGGCCCGGCACACGGCCGCCACACCGAUCGGCAGGACGUCCCCCCCCCCUCCCCCCGUGUAUGCCCGCCAUUGUGAGUGAGACUGAGACAGAGGGACGGAGGUUGGAGGAGGUCGGUGUUGACGAUUCCUCAGCGUACGGGGCUGCUUUUAACCCGGACCCGCCUGUCACUCAAGCCUGUUCCGUCGCUGGCCAAAAAAAGGCGCGGCGAUCUGUUCCCCUCCUUUACUCCGACUGCGGCAAACUCCGUGGGACGCACAGCAGGGCGCGUACGCGAGCGCGAGACCAGCGCCCACUCUGUCUCGCAGGCAGCUCUUCGUUUGCAUAAUAAGUCCUAACCGCCACCUUCAGACAGUUUUGUCAGAAAGAAACCUACGUCGUCCGGUAGGAACAGUCCUUUCCGUUUCUCUCUCCGCGGCUGCCAAGAACACACUGCUCCUGUUGCAUUUCCUUGUGAAAUUCCCUCAGCCCCUGCCACCCCCCCACCCCCCCCCCAAUCCUCCCCCCCGGAUUUUGAAUUUUUGCAGGAACUGUUUUACUGUAACCGUCGCAGAUGCCAACAUGGCAUCCGCUGCACUUCAGUGGGCACGAAAUGAGUGAACCGCUGGCACUGACAUGAAGAUCGUGAGAGGCUUCUGCGUAAUUCGUCAUUUAAAUAAAUAAAAGUUGGCAUGAGUAACGUGUGCCCUUGGCUUGUACAGUAGCUUUCUGAGUGAUCGCAGCGACAUAACAAUCCUACAAUGGGGUGUCAGAAUCAAUCCAUCCUUGAGAGAUGUUCUGGGUGCCUUUUUCACGGAAGCCUGCUGUUUUUUUCCCCCCCAUUUUUAAAUAUGAGCGCUCCAGACAUGCGGUGACAUUGACAAGAGGCAGAGUGGAGAUAUUCUCUAUUCAGCUCAGCCACAACCACGGUAAAGGAGAAAUCUUUCCCCUGCAGAAGUCAGGAAGACUGAGAAGUGUCACUCUCUCUCUCUGUGUGCCUCAUUAUCAGCACACAAGGCCGAACACAACCUGCCCUCCGAUCUCUUUCACACACUGCUCUUAGCUUAUUCUGCCUGGUCACAUUACAGCCCUUUACAAAGAAAUCACGUGUUUAAAAACCACAUGUGAACACCCAACAUGUGAAGAGAACACAUGUGAACCAUAAAAAGUAAUCCCUCUUGUAAGAUGAGAGCAGAAAAGGGUUGCCUGUUUAAAGUCAAGUGUUUUGAUUUCACAAGUAAAAAUUCACAUAUGAGAAAUUCACAAGUGGAAAUUCUCAUUCACUUGUGAAAAUGAUCAUUUCACUUUUUUUUCACAUUCACAUUCACAUUGAUUAGCAAUCUUGAUUUCACACAUGAUUUUUUUUUUUAUAAGGGACCGCACAGAAAGAAACAAAUUAUAACUUUUGAGUGGAUUUUCAUGAAAUUCAUGGGAUUCUUGACCAUUUUUGCCAAUAAAAGACUAAGCUACUGUAUCCAUUCAUUACAGUGUAGAUGUGAUCUCAAGGGUCAGUUUCGAGCUAUUUAAAGCAAACAUGUAUGGCAUCCUAAAACAAACAAAUAUAUGGGACUCCCUUCUAUUAUAGAGCUGGGAGUAAUAAGUGAUCGACGUUUUCGCAGUGAUUGGUAGCAACCAUAAAGUAGAGCAAUUUGGAGAGAUGCUACACCAGACCAAAAUAUCAGUGUGGUGGAAGGAACAAAGACAAUGAACAAAGAAAUGCAAUGGUCAACAAUGAGACCGCAUGCAGAGUGAGCCGUCCGACAGUCCAAUAAUCAUUUGGCUGACCUCCGUCCUUCAUGGCUCCACCAACAUGCAAGCCUUUGUGUAACGCAGUGGAGCUAUAGCCAGCUAAAGCAAGCCUGGUUGAAAGCAAGCCUCCUGAAGACCGAAAUUUAAUCAGGGUACCGUCACAGCGCCGAGCGAAUAUGUGGAAGAUGGAUGGAUGGCGAAUUUCUUCAUCAUGCACCUGGAACCAUUUGGAAAGGCCAAAGACAGGACUGUAAAUUAAACAGAAUGAAGCAUCAUUUCCAUCAGCUUUUGGUCAGCGAAACCUGAGCAGCAGUGCCAAUUAUGCUGUGCAUAAGCUGUUUGCCAUUCCUUUCUUUGUCUCCUUCUGCCAUGCUAUCUGAAAAAUAGCUGUCUGCCACAUAGAGAUGGGACUGUCAGUAUUCUGCUACCACUAUGUGUUAUAACAUUAUAACAUAUAGUGGUACCAGAACUUACAUACAUGUAUAUCAGUGAGUCAGUAAUUUAUUGGUGAGUCAAGAUUAAUAAAUGUUAAUUUAAAUGUUGUUAAGAAGGAGACUUUGCUGCCCAGCUUAAUAAAACGCCACAUAGGAUUACAUUAUGCACAUUUGAAAGGAGAUUGUAAAUAACAUAGCGACAUGAACAUUGUGACUUUGUAUGGGAAUUCUCAAUCUGUGGACAAUACUCACCUGUUUAAAAUAUUCAUUAUCUUUGGAUUUAAAAUAUGUAAUGUUUUCUUUAGGUAAGUAUAAAUCACUUAUUUAUGGGGUUUUUUUUAAAUACUUGAACCAUAAUCCAUAGACAUAAUCCCUAAAGUGUAACCAGCAUUUUCAUAUUCUGUGUUAUUGCAAGUCAUGUGACAGAAAUAUUGUACUUUGUUCACGUGAUACAUUGCCUCUCCUUGUGCUUUCUAUUAUCUGUCAUUAUGUAUCAGAAUUAAACCAUUUUUAAAAAUAAAUUUAUA